AUGCAAAACAAUUCGGCAUUACCAAGUAUACAUUGGUAUGAAAAAGUAUUCGGCAUGAAGCGCUUUAUCAUCAAUCAAGAGGAUGACCCAUUCCGAGGCUUUCCAGUACGUGUUGGUACGAUGGGUAUGCGAUUAUUCGCUAGUGCAUAUUGGAAGUGUGCUGAAACUGCGUGCAUCAGUGAGGAACGGGCAAAUAUUAAAUUUGUUUUUAGUGAAUCUUUGAUCGAGGAUGAUUCUAGAUCCAAAGAUCAAAUAACCAAUUUUAUUACUCACCAUAAUCAUCAAGCCGGUAUUCAACACAUUGGAUUCACAUGUACGAGUAAUAUAAAGAAUGCUGUACGUACUACGAAAGUCAAUGGUGCUCAAUUCCUUCAACCAUGUAGAGAGUAUUACUUGAAAGUAGGCACAAAAGGUGAAAAUAUCGAUGUAUUCUUAUUUUUCGAUAUAACAAAGGAAAAUAAUGGUCGAGUCAUCGAAGAAGCUAACGAAAAUGCUGAUGAACUUGCAGAAUUAGGAAUUUUAUUAGACAAUGAAGCUGAAACUGCUGAAAUAUUCCAAUGCAAGAAGCGAGUUCUUUUGCAAAUUUUCAGCAAAUCAAUUUUUGAUAACGAUACAUUCUUUUUGGAACUGAUUGAACGUCGAGGAGCAACUGGUUUCGGCGCUGGAAAUAUUCGUGCGUUGUGGAAAAUCGUUCAACAACAAACUCGCGAUAGGUCAUGA